AUGUUUCCCACCUUCGGCGCGGCGGCGCAAAAAAAGACAUCGCCGUCCGUGAGCAAUCCCUUUGCCGCCAAGCCGACGGCCAACCCAAACGGCAACACAGGCAAUAUAAAACGCAAAGGCCGCACCCCCGACAACGGCAACCGAGGAGCCGAUGAAAGGAAAAAACCAACUGGGCAGGGACGAUCUAAUAAUGUCUAUUCCAAACACAAGAAGCCACGCAAGCCAAACGAAUCUCGCGCCCUCAGGACGUCUGUCGAAUUCGGAACCACCGAUGACUCGCGGGCAACCUCUCCCUCAAGCGUGAGCUCAACAGACAUGGGCAUAGAUGUGCCAUCGCAGCAACCGGAACCCUCAAACGCAACAGCCGCGGUCAACAUGGCGGAUCCCCACGCGAGAAACGUCUACAACCGCCUCCGCAAGGAUGGCAUCAGCCCGCCGAGCUGGCCCUCCCGGCCUGGCGAUCCAGCGAGCUCGGCCGCCAUGGCCAAGUUUCGCGAAAAGUACGAGGACUACCGCGCUCAGGUGCGGAAAUCUCUGACCAAGGCCGGCCUGAUCGACGACCCAAACAAGCGGAGGGCUCUCAAAGACGCCAUCGAGUUCAAGGGCAUCUCCGAAGACAUGUGUCCCGAGUACGAAAAAAUUACGCGAAUCACCGAGCUGGAUGUGCAGCACGCCGAAAAGGACCCCGAGUCUAAUAUUCCCAUGACCGUCCGCAUGGUCAAGAAGCUGGCACGCUCGGCCGCUGGUCAGGAAGCCCCCCUUCCCAUGGACGUACGCUCCGUCGCUACGCUGCAACGAUCCCUCGACUAUCUCAUAGACGACCUCUUGCGGCAGGAUGGCAAUCUUGCUACCUUCCACGGAUUUCUCUGGGACCGAACAAGAGCCAUCCGUCGCGAUUUCACAUUCUUCUCCACCCUCACACCGGACGAGAUCAGGACACAGGUCUACGUGCUGGAGAACAUUGCCAGAUUCCACGUUACCGCGUUGCAUCUACUCUCCCAGAAGGAUAUUCGACCCGAAGAGUUUGUAGAGCAGCAGGAGCUGGAACAGCUGGGCAAGACGUUACUCUCCCUUCGCGACCUGUACGACGACUGCAAUGCCCAGGGCAUCACCUGCGAGAACGAGCCCGAAUUCCGCGCCUACUACCUCAUCUUUCACGCCCGCGACCCCAGCAUCCUCGAGACGCUGCAGCGGUCAUGGAGGCCCGAGCUGUGGAAGGACUCCGACGAAGUGCGCACGGCCGUCUCCCUUGUGGAAUCCCUGCAGAAUACCGGAGACUUCCACGGUCCGCUGAAGGAUGGCCCCUCGUUCGCCGCGGCUGGCGCCCAUCACGCUUACCUCCGCAUCGUCGAGGACCCAUCCCUCUCCUACACGAUGGCCUGCUUUGCCGAGUGCCACUUCCCGCUUGUGCGACGAUCCAUUCUCCGGUCCCUCGCAAGAGCCAUGGGGAGACCAAAGGAUGAGGUCAAGGAUGUGACGGCCGCUACUCUCAACAGGUUCCUCCGAUUCGACACAGUUGACGAGGCGAUUGAAUUUGCAGAGCUACAUGACCUUGAGUUCGAAGCCGACCCUGCCGACCCAUUGAAUCCUGCUAAGCGGCGCCUCAUUCUUCGUCACCGACAGCAGCUGCCGCCCGUCCGGCUCUCGCAUCAGUUCUCUCGGAAAAUGGUGGAAAAGAAGCGAGGGUCGCACUCGUUACCCGACGUGAUUCACCGGACGGUCAAGCAAGACCUAAGCAGCGUGCCAUCCCAAGAAGAAGAAGAAGAAGAAGAAGACAGCCUGUUUGUCUCGGACUCCAAGCCGACAGCAACAGCACCCAAAUCAUCCAUGUUUGGUGGCACGCAACCGAAUUCCGCACCGAGCCCGUUCUCGGCACCAACUGGCCCCUCCCAACCAUCAGGCAUCUUCGGCGGUAGUAACCUGUCUAACGGUGCCACAGCGUCUCAAUCUUCGCAGGCAAAUCCGAGUCCUUUUGGAGCCAUCUCGAGUGAGGCACAACCGGUAUCAAAUCCAUUCGCCUCUGCUGCACCGAGACCAGGUGAUGUCGCACUUGCAUCCAAUCCGUUCGGGUCAGUGCCAAAGCCAGCGACAGCCUUUGGCUCCCAGGGCCUCGGCCCUUUUGCUCCAAACCAGGAUGCAAACCAGGCAAAGCCUGCGACGGACCGAUCGAAAGCACUAGAGACCACGAGAUCAAGUCCCUUUGCCAGUGCCUUCCAGCUCAAGGCGGACAGCACCACCAGUAGUGGUACCGCUUUUGGGGCAACUGGUUCGACCUUUGGAUUCCCGAAGCAAGGGCAGGCUACGACAACCCCAGCUGCAGCUGAUAGCAGCAUGGACCAGGGCAAGGCGACGACACCGCCGGCCAGCUUCUUCACACCCACAACUUCCCGGCCUCAGCAGCAGGAGCCAUUGCCGACACCCGGUUUGGUCCCUCCUCCAACGCUACCUAAUGGGGCGCAGGAGAAUCCAUCCCAAGGGCAGUCCCCUGGCCUAUUCAGCUUCAAACCGACAACCGAACAACCGCCACCUGCGCCUCCAGAGGUACAAUCGAAAACACCAACCAUUCCACCCAUCGGCUCGGGGACGGGGGAGAAGAAGGCAGACACCCCCCAGUUCAGUAUUGGACAAGCUGUCUCUGCCCCGCCUGGGCCGAGCCUGCUGCCGCCUUCUGCGGUGAUGACCGCAGAUUCACCGGCGCCUUCGCCAAUACAGCCGACACCGCAAGAGGAUCCCAUGGGAGACUUUGCCAAGUGGUAUGUCAGAGGAGACGGCGGCCUUGUGGAGGAUUUCACGGUAUAUAUAGUGGACGAUAUCCUAAAGGGACUGUACGACAAGUUUGUUGAAGAGGAGGAGGAGAGGGCCCGGAGAGAGGAGGAACAGCGGCUCAGCGAAGAGGUGGAGGCAUUCCGCGUGUACAACCUCCAGGUCAAGUUCUUUUAUCGAUGGAAGAAGAAUGCGCGUGCCAAACGGUUACGUUAUUUGCGCAAGAAUGGCCGCGAGCAAUUCCGCGCUUACUACGAGGCGAAACGAGAGGAAGAGAAGAGACAGGCAGCGCUCCGAGAAGAGGAGGAGAGAGAAAAGGCUCGGCUUGCCGAGGUUGAUCGAUCAAAGGAGGUUACGAUGGAGAUCAUGAGAAGGAAGAGGACCAGCACCAAGAGGAAUCGGGAGGAACAGGAACUGCUAGCAUCGGGACAUUUGUCGGGAGUCGGAAACGAAGGGGACCACGCAGCCAGGAUAAUCCACGGACGCGACCACGGUCGCGGACGCCAGAGCUCCACGUCGAGAAUCAGCAUCCUCAGGCCAGACCGUGUCGCCAUGCCACCGCCCCCCUCGACACGGCCGUCCUCACCUGCGAGCUCCAUGACGCGAAAAUCAGGCGGCAAGACGCAAGCCAUCCGCGAUCAGCUUCUUCAAAAGAAGCCAGAGGGCUUUCGACGAUCGCUGGGCUCCAUGUCAUCGCGGAGCAGUGCCAGUCCCGAACCGUCCCGGACCACGAGCAACGUGUCUGAGCGCUGGCGCCUGAAGGCUAUGGGCAUAGUCCAGAUGCCUGACGGCACAGCUCUGCCGGAGAACCUGGCCAACGAGGUACUCUACGGCGGAAAGAACUACCCCGGUCUUGGAUCGAGCCAGCGACGCAGAGCAGCAUCGUACACCGGCACCAACGGCAUGCCACAACACGAGACCGCACCGACAAGCGACCCCCGCGACCGACCUUGGUCAAUCAGACGUCCAAGUCUCCUAUCGCAAUCACUUGGUGCUUCCCAACAGCCGCAUCCGCAACAACCGGAGCACGUCUUAUCCCCGCCGUCAACGAACAAGAGAAAGAGACCGGGAGAACAGGGCGCUGCGGCCGACGACUUCCAAGAGGAAGAAGACUCGGUCAUGGACCGCGAAGCCAGCCCGCCGAAGCGCCCCAUGAACGAGAACCAGAAGCUCAUCAGUGAACUUCGUGCUAUGCGCGAGGAACUCGAGGAGGGCGCGGCGUGGUUCAGAUCACAGACGGAGAGGAUGCAGACGAGUCGGGGAAACAGUAGGGCGUCGACACCCUGGGAAGCUAUGGAUCUGAGUUGA